UUUCGUACAACGGCUUAAGUUUCUGCCACCUCUGCCAAUUGCCACACAAAAAAACAGGCUCUUGGAAGUCUCAUCUACCACCAUGCUCAAGUAGUCACCCCUUCUUUCUCUCUUGCACACGACAGCCAAAAAACAUAAACAUGAAUCUGGUUCAUCAGAUUCUGAACGUUGCUAUUUCAUUAAUAACUUUCAUGACUAUACUAAUUUCUCUCCCACCUCUACUAUUUCUAAGGUUCGUCAUCUCAAAUCUGAGAUAUAUCUUCAGUGAAAAUGUGGCUGGAAAAGUUGUGCUCAUCACAGGUGCAUCCUCGGGCAUUGGCGAGCAUCUUGCAUAUGAGUAUGCACGGAGAGGAGCCUGCUUAGCCCUUGUUGCCAGAAGGCGGCAACAUCUUCAAAAUGUUGCAAAAACCGCCCAUCAUCUCGGCGCCCCAGAUGUCAUUGUCAUCCCUGCAGAUGUUAGCAAACUGGAGGAUUCUAAGCAUUUCAUCACCGAAACAGUGGAACAUUUUGGUAGACUUGACCAUCUGGUGAACAAUGCUGGGAUUGCCACAAUGAGCAUGUUUGAAGAAUUUACUUGCGUAACCAAUGCUGCACCGGUGAUGGAAACCAACUUCUGGGGCUCAGUAUAUAGUACCCACUUUGCUAUUCCACAUCUAAGAACUAGCAAGGGAAAGAUUAUAGUUAUUGCCUCAUCUGGAGCAUGGUUACCUGCACCACGGCUAGCUUUAUACUCUGCAAGUAAAGCUGCACUAGUGAUCUUCUUCGAGACACUGAGAGUUGAGCUUGGGGGAGACAUAGGGAUCACGAUAGUGACUCCAGGGUUGAUCGAGUCAGAGUUGACGAAAGGGAAGUUCCUCUCACCGGAAGGCAAGAUGGUAGUAGAUCAAGAAAUGAGAGAUGUACAAGUAAGUGCAGUCCCAGUUGAGCCAGUGGAGAGAUGUUCAAAGGCCAUUGUGGAUAGCGUUUGCCGUGGUGAUAGAUAUCUAACAGUCCCAUCAUGGAUGAGAGUAACAGUCCUGUGGAAGAUGUUUCUACCCGAGAUACUAGACUGGUGCAACCGCAUGCUUUUAGUAACAAAACCUGAAACACCACCAACAGCAGCGCCUAGCAAGAAAAUCUUGGACUAUACUGGAGUAAAAUCAGCCAUGUAUCCACCUUCAAUCCAAUAAUCCUAGCCUACAGUUGUCAACAAUCAUGAUGACGAUGGUAUAUAUGAAUUAUCAACACCGAAUCUUUGUUGGACAAUAGAAUGGCAAAAUUAUCUUUUUAUGUGUUCCAUGAGACGGAGCAAAAUAUGUGGGUUCAUAAGUAGCAAACGAGGGAAGUUUUCUUGUAUAAAUUGCAUACUGGUAGCGGGGUUUAGUAAAACCCAUGAAAUUUAAAGCUUAUCAUCAGACAGUAGUAGAACUUCAGCAGCAGAUUACAUAUAUAAAAAUUGAAGAGAGGCAACUAAGAGUUUGUUUGUUA